GAUGGCGCGACACGUCCGAAUGCUCAAGGGCUUCUCCAAGGUCCUGGACUGGAGGCAACUCGAGUUCCUCAACCCGCUGCCUCGGGUCCUCGUCUGCGACCUCUGCGGCAUCCUGACCAAGCGGCCGGCCUUCCCCAACUGCCGCCACUUCUUCUGCGCCGGCUGCUUUAACCGCGUGCUCCUGGGGAAGCCUCCCAGGUGUCCACUGGACGACAUCGAGCUGGAAGGCAGCGUCGAAGUCAGCUACGGUCUGGUGGUGGACGACGAGAGCUUGAUGAGGAUGACCGUCCGCUGCCCCAAUGCGGGCCAUGGCUGCGGACACGAGGGACUGCUGAAGCAGCUGGAAGACCACAUCCUCGGCUGCGAGUUCAAUCCAGUGUCGUGCAGCAAGUGUGGGGAAGUGGUCGCCUACAAGAACGUCGUCGAUCAUCAUGCGCUCUCUUGCAAUGCGAGGCCGAACAAGGAAUCCGAAGACCCAAAGACCGAAGACGCAGAGUCUCAGAAGCCGGCUGAUUUGGACGCUGUCGAGUGAAAGGCCAAAGAGCUAGCAAUCUCGUUGCACCGUCAUCAUAUAUCCUGUCUUUUGUCGCAAUGGUCUGCUUGUGGAUUAGUCGUAUGUUCAUUAAACAUAAUUAUAUGAAAACAAAA